AUUUGAAUCGGUUAAUUUUUCCGUGUAUUCGAUGUUGUUGGUUUCUGUUUGAUGCAUAGAAGUCAUGGGAAAAAAAUUAGUUUGGUUUUAUUAUAAUAUGAAUUGAUGGAUGAGUAUCUAGGAGAAUCAACUUGAAAGCUGAGAUCUUGAUAUGGAAUGGUAUUACUUUAUUACAAUUUAAGGUAUUGUAUGCUUACUAAUAUUAUGCAUUUUUCUGGGAACAAAUUUCAAUUGUGCUGUUGUUGUUUAGACAUUGAGGAAUUAAGAACCAAAAAAGUGAUAUUGCAAUGCAUUUUUAUGUUAAUGGCAAUGGUGAACUUUUUGCUCUUUUGAUUGGUGAAGAUGGAUUACAAGCAGCGAGUCGGAGUUCAAUCCCUCGUUGAGCAGAUGGGAUCAGUAGACAAUAGGUCAAUGCUUGAUCUCGAUUAUGAGUGCCUCCUCUCCCCUGGAAAGGAUGCUCGAAAAAUACAAAUACCAUUUUCAGAUCAACAAUUACCACUUUCUGAUGGUUUCCCUAUUCGUUAUCAUAAAAUGAUAAGGAACCGUGUCUAUGGUAGCAUAAAGACCGUAGUUUUUUCUAAUAAACUUAACUUGCUCAUGCCUUUUGGGCCUCAAGCAAUCCUGGUUCACAAACUGACUGCCAAUAAUGCGUGGGUCUUCUUUCUAAGCUUACUGGGUAUAACACCUUUGGCAGAGCGUUUGGGUUAUGCGACUGAGCAAUUGGCUUUUUACACUGGACCUACCGUUGGUGGUCUUCUAAAUGCUACGUUUGGGAAUGCAACAGAACUGAUUAUUUCGAUAUAUGCACUGAAAAGUGGAAUGACACGUGUUGUUCAGCUGUCAUUGUUGGGCUCAAUUUUGUCAAACAUGCUUCUUGUUCUUGGGUGUGCGUUCUUCUGUGAUGGGCUCGUAUAUCAUAGAAAGGAACAAGUUUUUAACAAGGCCACAGGCGUUGUCAAUUCAGGACUGCUGCUGAUGGCAGUCAUGGGUUUACUAUUCCCGGCUGUCCUCCACUACACACACACUGAACGACAAGUCGGGAAGUCAGAGUUGGCUCUUUCAAGAUUUAGCAGUUGUAUUAUGCUUGUAGCGUAUGCUGCCUAUCUUUUUUUCCAGUUGAGAAGUCCAAAUGAUUUCUAUUCCCCUAUUGAUGAGGAAGGAAGUCACGAUGGGGAGGGCUCAGAUAAUGACGAGGAUGAAGCUCCGGAGAUCACCAAAUGGGAAUCUGUGAUUUGGCUUACAAUCUUGACUGCUUGGAUCUCCAUUCUAUCAGGCUAUUUGGUGGAUACAAUACAGGGGGCAUCUGAGGCAUGGGAUUUGUCAAUUGCAUUUAUCAGUGUUAUCUUGCUCCCCGUUAUUGGGAAUGCAGCAGAGCAUGCUAGUGCUAUUAUGUUUGCCAUGAAAGACAAGCUUGAUAUAACAUUGGGAGUGGCAAUAGGAUCAUCGACUCAAAUUUCUAUGUUUGGGAUUCCUUUUUGUGUGGUUAUAGGAUGGAUGAUGGGAAGGGAAAUGGACUUAAACUUUCACCUUUUCGAGACAGCAACUUUGUUCAUAACCGUUAUGGUUGUAGCCUUCUUUCUGCAGGAGGGAACGGCAAACUACUUCAAAGGACUAAUGCUCAUUCUUUGCUAUCUAAUAGUAGCUGCUAGUUUCUAUGCACACGAAGAUCCUACUACAACUAAUCAAAACAAGCAACCAAAAACGUGAACGAAACAAUUGAAUAUUAAGGGAUGGUUUCCGAAAGAACUUUUGUCCCACUUCAACACUGUAAAUAUUUUCGAUCACACAUACUCCAUUUUUUUCCAGCUGCUUAUGCUUGUGCAGUUUAUGUUAUCAAAAAGAACACUGGGGGUCUUUGCUCGUAUUGUCCUACUUGUGAUGCUAAACAUCCUGCCAAGAUGGCGAAAAAUCCAGGGAGACUGUAUAUAAUG